UUCUUCCACUUCUCAUUAUCCCUUUUCAAUAUCUCUCAGCAUGUCUCUCAUUGCUUCUUCCUCUUUUCCCACUUGCAACUACAAAUUUAAUGUCUUCUCGAGCUUCCACGGGCCGGACGUCCGUAAAACACUUCUUAGUCACAUGCGCAGACAAUUUAACUUCAACGGAAUCAGUAUGUUUGAUGAUCAAGGGAUUGAGAGAAGCGAAGAGAUUGCCCCUUCACUCAAGAAGGCUAUCAAAGAAUCGAGGAUCUCAAUCGUUAUUCUCUCCAAUAAAUAUGCAUCAUCGAGAUGGUGUUUGAACGAAUUGGUGGAGAUCUUGGAGUGCAAACAAUCCAUGGGAAAGAUAGUGAUGACCAUCUUCUAUGGAGUAGAUCCAUCUGAUGUACGGAAGCAGACCGGGGAACUCGGGGUCCAUUUCAAUGAAACUUGUGCACUUGGGACGGACAAGGACAAGCAGAAUUGGAGCAAAGCUUUGAAGGAUGUGGGAAACAUUGCUGGAGAAGACUUCUCAAGAUGGGAUAAUGAAGCCAACAUGAUAGAAAAGAUUGCCAGAGAUGUUUCAGGUAAACUGAAUGCUACACCAUCUAGGGAUUUUGAUGGUAUGGUGGGUAUCGAAACUCACUUGAGAGAAAUGGAGUCUUUGCUAGAUUUUGAUAAUGAUGAAGUCAAGAGGGUUGGAAUCGUUGGUCCGGCAGGCAUUGGUAAGACAACCAUAGCCAGAGCUUUGCAUAGUCGACUCUCUAAUAGGUUUCAGCUUACUUGUUUUGUGGACAAUCUAAAGGGAAGUUAUCUUCGUGGUCUAGAUGAGUUGCGUUUACAAGAACAAUUUCUUUCAAAUCUUUUGAACCAAGAUGGUUUAAAGAUACACCAUUCAGGGGUAUUAGAAGAAAGGUUGUGCAAGCAGAGAGUCCUCAUCAUUCUUGAUGAUGUGAACAAUAUUAUGCAAUUAAUGGCGUUGGCUAAUGACAAAACAUGGUUUGGUCCAGGAAGUAGGAUUGUAGUUACCACAGAAAACAAAGAGCUUUUGCAGCAACAUGGCAUCAACAAUACAUACCAUGUGGGUUUUCCAUCUAAUGAACAAGCUUUCAAGAUCUUAUGUAAAUAUGCUUUUAGAAAAUACCACUCUUAUCAUCAUGGUUAUGAGAAGCUUGUACAAAGAGUAACACAACUUUGUGAUUACCUUCCAUUGGGUCUCCGAGUAGUGGGUUCAUCUUUAUGUGGGAAGAAUGAAGAGGAGUGGGAAGAAGUAAUACUCAGGCUAGAAACUAAACUUGAUCCAGACAUCGAGGACGUACUAAGAGUUAGCUAUGAAAGUUUAGAUGUUAAUGAGAAAACAUUAUUUCUCCACAUUGCAGUCUUCUUCAACUACAAAGAUGAUAAUCUAGUGGAAACCAUGUUCGCAGACAGUGGUUUAAAUGUCAUACAUGGGUUGCAAGUCCUUGAUACUAGAUCUCUCAUAGAGAUAAGGGUAUCUACAAAUGGGAAAAGAAUAGUGAUGCAUAGAUUGCUACAACAAGUGGGUAAAAUGGUCAUUCAUAAACAAGAGCCUUGGAAACGUCAAAUCUUAAUGGAUGCUAAUGAGAUUUGUGACGUCCUUGAAGAAGCCAAAGGUACCAGGAACGUUGUUGGUAUAUCAUUUGAUAUAUGUGGUAUCAAUGAAGUAUCUAUAAGCAAGAAAGCUUUUAAAAGAAUGCCUAAUCUUCGAUUUGUCAGAGUUUACAAAAGUAAAGAUGGUGGGGAUGAUAGAAUGCAUAUACAUGGGAAAAUGGAGUUUCCGCGUAGUCUAAGAUUACUAAAUUGGGAGGCAUACCCAAGCAAGAGUCUUCCUCCUAAAUUUCAUGUUGAACAUCUUGUUGAGCUUGAUAUGAAGUGUAGCAAGCUCGAGUGCCUCUGGCAAGGAGCCCAGCCUCUUAAGAAUCUCAAGAAGAUGGAUUUGUCAGGGUCUUUUCAUUUGAAGGAAGUCCCAGAUCUUUCAAAUGCUACAAAUCUGAAGUAUUUGAAACUAAGUGAUUGCACGAGUUUGGUAGAGAUUCCAUCUUCUUGUACACAUCUUCAUAAACUAAUUGUCUUGUGGGUGGAUGGCUGCAUAAACCUAGAGGUAAUUCCAACUCAUAUGAAUUUGGCAUCUCUAAAAAGAGUUUGCAUGACCGGAUGCUCAAGAUUAAGGUAUAUUCCAAGUAUGUCAACGAACAUUACAUCUAUGCAUAUCACAAAGACAGCGGUUGAAGUGGUUCUUCCAUCAGUAAGGCUUUGCUCUCGUCUUCGGUUUCUCAGUUUACGCCAUAGUGGAAAGUUGAAGGAAAUAACACAUUUCCCCAUGAGUUUAAAACAACUAAACCUAGGCUACACUGAUAUUGAAAGGAUUCCAGAUUGCAUCAAGGCUCUUCAUUUGCUACAAGAGCUUCAUCUAUCUAGCUGCAAAAGACUAACAUCAUUGCCAGAACUCCCUAGUUCGCUUGAAUUUAUAUUUGCAGAUGAUUGUGAAUCAUUGGAGACCAUAUUUUACCCUUUGGACACUCCAAACGCGAGCUUCAAUUUCACCAACUGCUUCAAAUUUGGCCGACAAGCACGAAGAGCAAUUAUCAAACGAUCGUUUUAUCUCAAAAAAGCGCUUUUACCCGGAAGUCAAGUUCCUGCAGGGUUCGAUCACCGUGCCAAAGGAAAUUCAUUAACCAUUCAUUCAGACGGUGACGGGUCUUACACCGGCAUUUUGGUUUGCGUCGUGAUUUCCCCUAACCAGCGAAUCACAGAAGAAGAUCUUUCCAAAAUAGUGUGCCGUCACAUAGAAGACGACAAUCCAGUUGGUGAGGGCUUAUUCUACGUAGGCAAUGUCUACAAAUUUCGAACGGAACAUCUACUUAUAUUUCAUCAUUGCUGGCUAUCUACCGAAACGAGCAGAGAGAUGGUUUUCGAAUUCAGCAGCAAAUACCACGACUUCGACGUUAUUGAAUGUGGUGCCAUGAUCUUGACCGACGAGAGCAUCAAAGGGACUCGCACCUCGAAUAUGAGCAACGAGAUAGUUAUAGAAUUGAGCAGAAGAGAACAAGGCUUGGAUGUUAUUGAAUGCGGUGCCAAGAUCUUGAUUGACGAGAGCAUCAAAGGGACCUAUGAAUCUGGAUCAGACCAAGUGUUUGAUGACGAAAUUGAUAAGUUGAACCCAGCUAAGCGUUUGAAGAUGACACCGAAUACUGUGAGCGUACAAAUAGAGUCGUCGAGCGAAAGACAGAGAAUUUCCGAGGAUAAUCCACUGCUUCGAGCACUCCAAUUUUGGGAGAAACGUCAGAUGCUUGGGCAUUUUUAGGCGAUAGAAUACAGAAUAAUAGAGCAAUAAUAGUAAACAUCUCUUUAUUUGUAACUACGACGAGUCUUGUGUAAUUGUGUUGACCUCCUUGGUGAGGCAUAACAAUAAGCUUUCACAACGAAAGACUUGACUGAGUUCACCUAUUCGCUUUAUA